AUGGCUAUGCAGGAACAUUGUGAGAGUUUAUGUGACAGAGCUUCGGAUGAGCUUAUUAUCUCUUCCACAGAUGCCUUCUGUCUGAAGACAAGAAAGCCUUACACCAUCACUAAACAAAGAGAGAAAUGGACAGAAGCAGAGCAUGAGAAGUUUGUGGAAGCUUUAAAACUCUAUGGCAGAGCUUGGAGAAGAAUCGAAGAACAUGUUGGAACAAAGACUGCUGUUCAGAUUCGAAGCCAUGCUCAGAAGUUCUUUACUAAGGUUGCUCGUGAUUGCGGUGUUACCUCUGAGAAAUCCUUUGAGAUCCCGCCUCCCAGAUCGAAGAGAAAGCCGAUGCAUCCAUACCCUAGAAAGCUAGUGAUUCCAGAUGCAAAAGAAAUGGCAUACGCUGAGCUAACCGGCGGCAAGCUGGUUGCAGAUGAAGAUAACAGAUCUCCAACAUCGGUUUUAUCGGCUCAUGGCUCAGAUGGCUUAGGCUCCAUUGGUUCAAAUUCACCUAAUUCUUCUUCAGCUGAUUACCAACGUUCACUGGUGCAUGAGUUAUCAUCUCAAACAGAGGAAUCAUUGUCUCCUGAAGCAGAGACCAAACAACAAAGCCUCAAGCUGUUUGGAAAGACUUUUGUAGUUGGUGAUUGCAACUUUUGGACAAGCUCUGAAAAUUCAGAAGAUCUUAAGAAGUUACACUCAGAAACGCAGUCUGUUCGAUGUUCUUCUUCUUCCUCUUCUUCAGAAAACGCUGAAACAGAAUUGACACCACCACGGGUACUAGUAGUAUUGGAGGAGUUUAAAAGAAGCGAAAGAUCAGCAUUUUCUCUGUUGAAAUCGUCUGCGAUAGGGAUGAAAGGGUUCAUGCCAUACAAAAAGAGGAAAAAGGUGGAAGAAAACAUUGGCAGUGUAGUGAAAGCGUCAUUUCCGUUGUGGUGA